UCUGGUCAUACAUUUGUUGGAUUUUUGUUGAACACUUGCCUAUUCAUAUACAUAGUGUUUACUCAAUACGACUACGUAAGCUUUAGUCAAUCUUAGUAGAUUAAGGUAACAAAUUCGUAUUUUUUUAUAUUCUACCAUCAUUAAGCAAGGUGAUAAAUUUCAACAUUUUUAAGAUUUGGAUAAUCCUAAUUCAACCUUGAUGAUGGUAGGAUUUUUUCUGUUUUAGAGGGGAUUCUAUAUAAAUUCCUUGUAUUUAUGAUUUUGGUUUAUACUGUUUAUACUCAUCACACACACUGAUUAACAUCUAUUCAAUUAUGAAGAUCUUACUGGUGACUUUCCUUGUCGCUUUUUCCAGGGCAGAUGUUAGCCAUUUAGAAGAAAAUAAAUAUGACAAUCCAGUGCCACAAUCCAGCUACGCCGUUCAACAAGGUUCAGUGGUUCGGAGUAGUCCCCGGUUAACUUUGCCCAGAGUUUCGGGAUCUUUGAAUUUUAAUAGUGGAUACAACAGUGCCAGCGCUGUAUCAUCAAAUUCAGUCCCUUCAGAAAAUGGGAUGCAAAUCAAUAAAUCUUCUGAAAGUGACCCUUCAUCACUGAAUAGCAAAGCUCAAUUUGACAAUGAGCACUUAGAAACUCUAAAUAAAAACCCAUUUAAUUGUAGUCAAGAAUGCUCCAGUGAUGCGAAUGAAGGACAAGCACUUUCUGAUGCACCAGUUGCUAAUUUGGACCAAGAUGCAGCCGGAAGCAAUGGGCCCUUUUUUAAUUUUGGAGCUAAUGAUAAAAUUCGUGGCCAGGCUGGUGGUCAACCCUUUGUUUCAAAUAGUGUAGCUAGUGGAAAUCAACAAAGUCCUGGAUUUGAUUCAAGUGACAGCACAUAUCAAGAAAAAAUCAGUGGUGAUAAUGUUGACGAUUCCUCCGCUGCUGCCAGUUCAACUGCUGAUGCGUCUAAAUAUUUAUAUUUUUUCUCCGCUCCCGAAGAGGAGGAUGAAGUAAUCGAAGCCAAAUAUGAUCAAUCUGCUGUGCCAGCCAAAGAAAGUACCAAAAUUAUAUUUGUCAAAGCACCAAUCUACAAGAACCAAGCAACGAUUUCUUUACCAGCUCCACAAAUCGAAGAAAAAACUCUUGUCUACGUUUUGGUUAGGAAGCACGACGGCCAACCCAAAGUGCACUUCAAAGAAGCUGCUACGACUCUGCCUUCUAAGCCCGAAGUAUUCUUCAUCCGGUAUAAGACACAAAAAGAAGCUGAAGCUGCUGUUGCACAAAUCCAAAGCACACACGGAGCUAGUGGUCAAAUUAUUGCUCAUCUACCUGUUGGCACUCACUCAGUACAUAAUUCCGCAUCUGUAGAUAGUCGAUUUGAAGGCAGCGUGAACGAUGCUUUAAUUUCUUCUGGAGGUUUUUCUUUGGACUCCUUGGGAGCUAAUAGUUUCGUCGGUGCCAAUGUUGCUAAUAGAAUUUCCGAACAUAAUGCCCAGAAUGGUGAUGAUGAUGAUGUACAAGCUAUCACCAAUCAAGGAUUGCAUUCUCAGACACCAACGCCAGUAACUUUUGGCCAUAACACAGUCAAUUCUUUACGUGUUUUUGGUGGAGGAAUUGCUCCAAGUGAAAGUGCUGAUACUGAUAGCGCUUCUGGAACACAGCAAGAAAGCUCAGAAGAAUCAGUUUCUAUCAUCGACGAUAUUACCACAACAGAAAUAGCUUCAUCAGCAACCAAUUAUCCGGAAAAUGUUGAGCAAAGAGUGGAUGGUAGUGACAAUCAUAGACAAGAAGAGACUACAGCUGGACUUUACACUGGUACUAAAUAUAAAAGAUUCUCAGGUAAUAAAUAUUAGGCUUUCCUUCUCACUAAGAAAAUCAUUAGGUAUUGAUUUGUAAAAAUAAAGUUUUGUAAUAGGUCUAGUCUUAUACAAAUCUGUUAUGUCCUAUCUCAAAAUUAGUAUAUUGAAUAAGUAUAGGCACAUGAAAAAUGUCUACUUGCCUACUACUUAUUUAACAUAUUUAUAAUCCAACGUUUUCCAAUGAAAAUGCUAUUUGUGUUAUAAAAUUUGUAUUUGUAUCUUAAAUAAGGUUAAUACAAAAUAUUCGCUUGAA